ACGCCACUGCCACUCGGGGACGCUGUCUCUUCCAUCACCACGUCCGAACCAUCUCCUCUACGUUACUCGUAAAAUCGACCGCCGUCGUCCCGGCUACGAGACGCCCAGUUGCGGUUGACAUGACGUGGACACCCGGCCGAGAAAUCGACACGACGGCUUUCCGCAAAGGGGCCGGGGAGCGUCGAAGAUAGCCUCCCCAUGAGCUCAGUUCAUUUAGUGGACUCCGUUACCGUCUCCAAGUCGCUAUGAGGAGGCGGUGACCAGCUGGGGCUUGAGUGACGGAGGGCAGAAGGGAAGAAUGGGCCGGAGCACAGCGGCCUGCUGUCAUGGCGUUGGCGUCGUCAUUCCCACGGCAGUGCUCUAUGGCUCCUUGGCCCUCUUCACGUCCACCCUUCACAAUGUUUUCCUGCUCUACUACGUGGACACCUUUGUGUCCGUCUACAAGAUCGACAAAGUCUCCUUUUGGCUGGGAGAGACGGUGUUCCUGCUGUGGAACAGUUUCAACGAUCCUCUCUUCGGCUGGCUGAGCGAUCGCAGCUUCCUCAGCUCUCCUCAGAAUGGCGACCAGUUGACAUCUCCAGAGGUGGUCCUGAAGCGACUCCGUGCGCUCUCGUCCAGUGGGCCGCUCUUUGCCUUGUCCUUCUUGGCCUUCUGGGUGGCGUGGGCCCGGCCGGGCCUGCAGUUCCUGCUUUGCCUGUGUCUCUACGACGGUUUCCUGACCAUGGUGGACCUCCACCACAGCGCCCUCAUGGCCGACCUGGCAGUGUCGGCCACCGACCGCACGCGCCUCAAUUUCCACUGCUCGGUGUUCAGCGCCCUGGGCUCCUUCUCCGUCUUUCUGUCCUAUUCCUUCUGGGACAAGGAGGACUUCUACGCCUUUCGCCUGUUCUGCGUGACUCUCGCCGCCUUCUCCACCUUGGGCUUCUUCCUCGUCUCCCGGUUGCUACAGCGACGCUUUCAAAAGGAAGUUCGUCCCAUGUUGGAUGAAGCCCAUGCGCUCAAAGAGCUCAGUGUUGGCCACGCCCCCUUCACCUCACCAGGGCAACCCGUCACUGUCUGGGAGUACCUCAAGCAACUCUCCAGACACAGGAACUUCAUGUGGUUUGUCUCCAUGAACCUCCUCCAGGUGUUUCACUGCCACUUCAACAACAACUUCUUCCCUCUCUUCCUGGAGCACCUGCUGUCAGACAACAUCUCCGCCUCCACGGGCCCCAUCCUCCUCGGUAUCUCAUAUGUGGCGCCGCACCUGAACAACUUGUACUUCCUGACGCUGUGCCAGCGCCACGGCGUCUACCAGGUCAUCCGCUGGCUCUUCCUACUCAAACUGGGACUGAGCGUUGCCAUGCUGCUGGCCGGCGCCGACCGCGUCUAUUUGCUUUGCAUCUUCAUUGCAAGCAACCGAGUGUUCACGGAGGGAACCUGCAAGCUGCUGAAGCUGGUCAUUUCCGACCUGGUGGACGAGGACUUCGUGGUCAACCGGCGGCAGCAGGCGGCGUCGGCGCUGCUCUUCGGCAUGGUCGCCCUGGUCACGAAGCCCGGGCAGACGUUGGCACCGCUCAUUGGCACCUGGCUGCUGUGCGCCUACACGGGAUAUGAUAUUUUCCAAAGGGAACCGGCGGAGGACUCGGCUGUGGAUGUAUUGUCAAACGCAGGGUCGCCUCCGCUGCGUCUGGGCUGCUUCCACAUGCUGGUGUUUGUGCCCAUCACCUGCGCCCUGCUCCAACUGGCCGCCUGGUCGCGCUUCACGCUGCACGGGCGCAAGCUGCAGAGCAUCAAGAGCACCAGGCAGGGUGCGCAACAUGGCGGCAUGGUGGACGUAAAAGCCAUUUGAAAUGGAUGGAGCCGAGCUGCACGCAGACACUUUUAUUUUUGGUUGUCUUUGGAGGCUUUGACAUGGGGGGGAAA